GUGCUUUCCAGCCACCAGCUGACUCCCUUGGCCCCACACAUAUCAGCAGGGGUUUCUGAGUCCCCCACCAGGGGAGAACGUACAUGACUUCGGGGUUGCUUCUGGCUCUAUAAAGCCCCCAGGGCUUUGUCACAAGCCCUGUCGCUUUCCCCAGACAGAGACGAUGCUGAUCCUGAUCCUGCUGCCUGUUGCCUUUCUCCUGCCCCCCAGGACUGGGGCUGGUGAGAUCGUCGGGGGGCAUGAAGCCAAGCCCCACUCCAGGCCCUACAUGGCCUUUCUGGAUAUACAACAUGGAGACAGAUACAGUCGCUGCGGCGGGUUCCUGGUGGCGAAGAACUUUGUGCUGACGGCCGCUCACUGCCAGGGAGACGAGAUCACCGUCAUCCUUGGAGCCCACAACUUCAGUCGAAAGGAACCGAGCCAACAACGCAUCCGCGUGCGCCGACAGAUCCCCCACCCGCAGUACGACAGCAAGACAGUAAAAAAUGACAUCAUGCUGCUGCAGGGCGACUCCGGCGGCCCCCUGGUGUGCGGGGGUAAGGCCCAGGGCAUCGUCUCCUGGGGGUUCGACGCCCCUCCAGGCGUGUACACAAGAGUCUCCUCUUACACCCAUUGGAUCCACGACAUCCUGAGGAGAUGGAAGCCCUGA